UGUUUUUUUCUAAACCUUUGACUGAAUUCCGGAAUGAUUCAAACUCUGAGUUUAUGUCUGAUCCCGUUUGUCCCACACUUCCCAUCCUUUCCCGGUGAGUGGUUUAUGAAUGAAAGAGCCCGUGUUUGGUCACUGCUCCAGGGCGGGGAGGUGGUGGUGGUGGUGGGGGGGUCACGACUCACCCGCAGGUCAGCGCCACGCCCCCCACAGCCGGCCAGGCUUAUAAGGGCCCGGGGCCAGAGCGCAGCGGAGCGCUGUGGUGCGGCCGAGCAGGAGCCGCGUGCUGUCGGACAUUUCUCGGACACGAACCCGACCGAAAAGUUCCGACAUCAGAGAUGGAGAUUUGCCGUAACGGAUUCUGCACGGAGGACUUCAGGACGCAGGAGGUCCCGGCCGGCUUCGACUUCACAUCUUAUGACUAUCCUGGUGAAGACCUGUCUUUUCUAUUAGACAAUAAAGCUCUGCAGCAAUUCCCAGCAGACAGCAGCUACCAGGAACCUCCAAAGACGGCCCACCUUUAUGAAACCAAAGGAAGUAGCAGUGAUGCUGCUCUCUUCAACCUGGACUCUUAUAAGGAUUUAAGCUGGUGGGCGUCAUAUCCUCAAGACCAGUCGCAGGCUGGAUACCAGGAGGCUCCGCCCUCAUACCAGAGCCUAGUGUCGCAGGACGGACAGUUCAGUCCCGCAGUGGAGGCCAGCCACAGCCCUUUCCUCACAGGACAGCCAUCCAACGUGCUGCAAUGUGAGGCAGAUCAGAGCUACUUUGACUCAGACUCACAGAGGCAGUCGUCAUCCUUCUGGUUUGAGUAUCAGUCUCCAUGGGUCCCUGCUCCGCUACCUCAGCCUCCCCCUGUCUCCUGCACCGCCAACCCUCAAGUGCCAGAGCAGCACUGCCCCCGUGUGGCUAAACGGAAAGGCACACCUCCCCAGAGGCCUGACAGGGAGGGUCAGAUGACAGGAAUGUCGGCAUAUCCAGGUUCUGGUCCCAUCCAGUUGUGGCAGUUUCUACUAGAACUUCUUCUGGACUCAGCUUGUCGCACCUUCAUCUCUUGGACAGGAGAUGGCUGGGAGUUUAAAAUGUCUGAUCCCACAGAGGUGGCCAAGCGCUGGGGUCAGUGCAAGAACAAACCCAAGAUGAACUACGAGAAGCUGAGCCGCGGCCUGCGCUACUACUACCACAAGAAUAUCAUCCACAAGACUGCAGGCAAGCGCUACGUCUACCGCUUUGUCUGUGACAUGCAGGGCAUGCUGGGAAAGACGGCGGAGGAGGUCUUGAGCAGUCUGAACGUCUUACCCACCAACAUGGAGUCUUGGCAGUGUUCCGGGAGCUCGGCAGCCGGGUCGGAGCCGACGGCUCAAGUGUGGAGGAGUGAGUGACUCGUCCUUUGAACUGGAGGGUGGACACAGAAUUUUUGUGAUCUUGGGAGAAAAAUAAAGUAAAAAAUAAUACACAUAUUCAUUACACAAAUUCCUAAAAUAAUACCACAACAGGGAUUUUUUUUCACCUCAGAAACCGGACUUUGAAGCACUACAGAUGGACUCUCUCUGCUGCAUUUGCAGACACAUUUUUCAUGUAGGAUGUUUAGAUAAACACUUCAGAUAAUUAUUAUUGAUGCAAAACUCAUAUCUACCUCCUGUGAUAAUGAGAAAAAUGGUUUGAGGUUCUUUCAUUGAAAUAUGUUCGUUUAUUGUUUUGUGUAAAUAAACUGUAUAU